GGUUUUUUCCUCUGUGAAUCUCAAGAUUUUAUUAUGCUUUUGGAUAUGGAAAAUGUGAAAGUUUGUUUUUUCCUCUGCGAAUCUCAUGACUUUAUGCUUUUAGAUAUGGAAAAUGUGAAAGUUUGGUUUUUUCUACGGUGAAUAUGAUUAGAGCGAUUUGGAAUUCGAUGGAGAGAGAGGAAUUUUGUGGACAUUGUAGGUGAGCCCGGAUUUGAAAUAAAUUUAAUUUUGUGGGGAUUGCGGUAGGUGAGAACGGAACGGAUUUGGAAUUCCGUGAAGAGAGAGGAAACGAUAAACGUAGAUGAAAUAAAUUUUGUGGAGGUUGCAAUAGGUGAAUCCGGAUUUGUAGGUUGAGAGUAAGAGCAAGAGAGCAGUUAGAGAGAUGGUGGAAAUAAAUUAAUCCGGAUUUGUAGGUUGAGAGUAAGAGUAAGGGAGCCGCUAGAGAGAGAAGGUGGGUAAGAAAAAGAAGAGGGGUUAGAAGGAGUUCAAGCAGAAAAAAAUACGAUUUAAAGAAAAAGACGUCUUGUUUUUCAUUUGUUUGGGUUAAAAGUUUAAUUAAAAAUAGUAAAGUUAUUUGGGUUUUGAAAAUAGGUUUCGAAAUUUUGAAUUUCUAAAAAAAAUUGAAAAUUGAUAAUAGGGUGUAUGGAGAUAUUUUUCCGGAUUUUUUCGGACCAUGCUAUCAGUCCCAUUAGAAGUAAACCUAUCAAAGCGAAAUCACAGUGGGAAUAAACCUGAUUCUCCUCUAAUGGAAAACUCAACCUCUCAGUCUCAGAAACAGACAUUCCUCAGCCAUGGCUCUUCUUCUACUACUUCCAAGAUUAAGUUAUAUUCUCAUUAUCGGAGCUCAUGUGCAUGGCGUGUUCGCAUUGCUUUAAACCUGAAAGGGUUGCCUUAUGAGUACAUAUCGACUGAUUUAUCUAAAGGAGAGGAGUUUAUUGCAGAGUUUAGGAGACUGAGCCCUCUUGGUUUUAUUCCGGUAUUAGUGGAUGGUGACUUCGUGAUUUGUGAUUCGUAUGCAAUCUUGCUAUAUUUGGAGGAGAAGUACCCCCAAAUUCCUCUCUUGCCAGUUAAUCUUAAAAAGAAGGCAUAUAAUCUGCAGGUGGCAAAUAUUGUGAGCUCAAGCAUACAACCUCUUCAAAUGAUUGGCUUGCUGAAAUCCAUUGAGGAAAAAGUUGGUCUAGAGGAGAAGUUGUCAUUUGCUCGGCAUCACAUAACAAAAGGUUUUAAUGCUCUUGAAAUAUUAUUGCAGAAGAUUUCUGGUAAAUAUGCCACAGGAGAUCAGGUCUACAUGGCAGACAUUUUCUUGGCCCCACAGAUAAGCAAUGCUGUAGUGCGUUUCAAUAUAGACAUGUCUAUGUAUCCUAAUUUAAAAAGGAUAAAUGAAGCAUACCUAGAAGUACCAGCAUUUCAAGAAGCUUUGCCUGAAAGGCAACCGGACGCUGUCACAUUGGAUGUGACUUCAUAAUAUUUGGUAAAGCUGCACCUCAAGACCUCGGUGGAAAAUGUAGUUCUGGUGCCGGAUACCCUAGCAAUAUCCUGCAAACAUAUUUUCAUCCCUAACUACGGAAUUGAAGCUCAAAAAAUGGUGCAUAUCUGGCGGAUUUGUUAGUUAAAAUGGAUUGUCUGGAAAACAUGUUACAAGAUAGACCAUUUUAGUGUAUCAAAUCCAUUUUCUUUUUCCUCAUAUCCAUGAUUGUUGAGGUCGUGAGGACUUAAUUGCAUACUUUCCGGCACCGGAACUGCAUUUUCUUUUGGGAUUUGAGGUACGGUUUUAUAGAACUACAGCCUUACAAAAUACUUUCCAUUUAUUGUUGUUUAUUAUUUUUUGUGUUGCAGUUGUUAUUAAAUAUUGAUCAGUUA